AUGGAUACGUUAAAAUGUUCUAUCGAUACUUGUAAACGUGAUUUUAACAUUCUAUGUAAUCAUUGUCACAUUCAAGUGUGCACUAAACAUUUUAUUCAACAUGUAAAACAAGCAAAUGCGGAACUGAUUCCUUUUUCUGAUGAACUGAAUUCACUUGUUGAUAAAAUACAACAACAAAAUCCUACUAUUGAUAUUUUCGAACACCUUGAACAAUGGAGAGAAGAAAGUCACCGACGUGUAGAUGAAAUUUGUGACGAAAAGAAACGACAAUUAAAAGUUCAAUUAGACCAACGAAAAGAAGAUCAGCUGAAGAAACUUCUUGAACUAGGAAGUAAAGUAAAAGAACUGAUAGACGAAGGCGAUGCUUCUUUUAAACAAAUUGAAGCCGUUAAGAACGCUAUUGAAAAAUAUAGACGACAGUCUCAAGAAUUUGAAUCGCCGGGUUAUUUUGGGUGGAAUAAACCAAACAUCUAUUUGGACAUAACGUUAUUCAAUCAUGAAUUAUUCACCGGUGUUGGUACAUUGCUCUCAUUUGAACAUAAAAUGAAGCUGAAUGAAUUCUAUGGAAAAGAAGGACAGAAAUGGUCUCUGAUUUAUAAAGCAACACGAGAUGGGUUUUCUGCAACGGAUUUUUAUCGGUGUUGUGCUAAUCAAGGUCCAACCAUCACUGUUAUUCAAUCGAGAGAUGGUGGUUAUCUAUUUGGCGGGUAUACAUCUGUUUCCUGGAAUCCAACAGAAAAAUAUGUUCUAGAUCCUAACAAUCCAUUUCUAUUCACGCUUACAAAUCCACAUGUAAUUCCACCGACGAAAUAUGCAAUCCUAAUUCCAAACUAUUCGAUCUAUCCGCAGAGUAGUUAUGGUCCAAUAUUUGGUGGUGGCAAUGAUCUGUAUGUUUGUAGUGAGAGCCAAAUAAGCAGAAAAAGUUUCUUCAAUUUUCCUCAUUCAUACAAAGAUACAACUAAUCGAGGUUCAGCGACUUUUACCGGCACCAGAAAUUUUCAAACAAAUGAAAUCGAAGUUUAUCGACUGAUGGAAACUUAA